AAUGUGGCCAUCGAUCCCAUAACGUUGAUGAUCAACGAGUGUAUGACCAUCUCGUCUGCCAUGAGAAAGAUGACUCGUUAUUCCCAAAGUGGAGUAGCAGCUAUUCUUGGGGCUGGAGAUCUCUUCAAUGGCGAAGACGAUGCCAUUGCCAACAGCUUGGGUUUGUCAUCCACCGUCAACAACUCCAACAAUGGCCACCGUCAAAGCAACCACAAUCCUUUACUCUCCAGCUUCUUACAAUUGAGAUCCAUCUUGAUGGAAGCCAAAGAUUUGUACGAAAUUGACAGCUUGACGUUGUUACAGCCUUUUUUGCUUGUUAUUAAGUCGUCGUCAACUUCUGGCCACAUAACCAGCUUGGCUCUAAACUCGGUAUCCAAAUUCUUGAACUACGAAAUCAUCUCCUACAAGUCGAGGAAUUUGCAGAGCACUUUAAUCCAAAUCAUGUCGUCCUUGACUGUAUGUCGUUUUGAGGCUGCCGACCAGAACUCUGAUGAUGCCGUGUUGUUAAAGGUCCUCAGAUUGAUGGAAGCCAUCAUUGAGAGCCCGUUGUCUGACUUGUUGCCCAAUGAAGUCAUCUCCGAUGUAGUACAAAUCUGCUUAUCCUUGGCAUGUAAUAAAAAGAGAAGUGAAGUAUUGAGAAAGGCUGCAGAAAUGGCCAUGGUCUCGAUUACUUUCAGAAUAUUCAGUCAAUUGAAAUACAUUGAACCAGAAACUGAAAGCGUCGAAGAAUUGCAGGCGAACUUUCAAGACACCAAGUUACCUGAAGACAUUAUAGGAGGAACUGAUAUAAAGCCGUCUAAGAAGACUUCGGCCCCAAAUAAAGAGGAAGUAGCCGAUGAAGAAGAGUCUUUUGGUAUUCUCUGUAUCAAUGAGUUUUUGGGUGUUUUGAUCUACAUGAUUUCUCCGUCUAACCAAUAUCAACACAUGGAAAGUACUAGAGUAUUUGCAUUAUCCCUCAUUAAUACUGCAAUAGAGGUAGCUGGACAAGAGAUACCUAAACAUCCAACUUUGAUCUUGUUGGUUUCUGACUUAGUUUCCAAGCAUGUCUUACAAAUUAUUACAACAACUGAGUCGCCAGCAUUAUUACAGGCUGCUCUCCAAUUGUUUUCAACUGUCGCAAUCGUUCUUGGAAGACUGUUGAAGUCACAAUUUGAGUUGACAUUGACCUUAAUAUUUCAGUCCAUUUUGCCAGAUUCAGGAAAGAGACAAAAUGAUACUAUCAAUGGUGCAAAUGUUUCAACUAGAAAUUCUUCCUCUAAAGAGAUGUUGGUAGAAUCUCUUUCCUUGUUAUGGACUAGAUCUCCAGUUUUCUUCACUCACUUAUUCAUAGACUACGACUGUGACUUUGACAAGUCUGAUUUGGCUACCAAGUUCAUCGAGUUCUUGUGCCAACUCUCAUUACCAGAGUCUGCCGUUACCACCACUGAUAAUGUUCCACCAAUCUGCUUGGAAGGAAUUUUGUCAUUGAUUGGCGGUAUCAACGACAGAAUUAAAUCCUUGAAGAGUGAUUUAAAUGAUGCUCCACUUCACUCGAUGAUUAAUGAUAGAGAAAAGAAGACAUUAUUCAUUAAGUGUACCGAUCUAUUAAAUGAUAAACCAAAAGAAGGCGUCAAAGCAUUAGAAAAGGAAGGAUUUAUUAAGUCCGCAAGCGACCUUAAGGAAGUCGCUUCCUUCUUUUUCCAUAAGUCAGGUAGAUUGAACAAGAAGGUGUUAGGUGAAUUUUUAGCAAAGCCUUCGAACUCGGAUUUGUUACGGUACUUCAUUGACCUAUUUGAUUUUACGGACCUAAGAGUUGAUGAAGCCUUGCGAAUCUUGUUGAAAGCUUUCAGAUUACCCGGGGAAUCUCAGCAGAUUGAAAGGGUGGUUGAAUUAUUUGCUCAAAGAUACGUUGAUUGUCAACCGGAACUUGUCGAUGGCCAGGACAUGGACGAAAUCGUAAGGCCAGAUCGUGACUCUGUCUUUGUGUUAUCGUACUCCGUCAUUAUGUUGAAUACUGACUUGCACAACCCACAGGUUAAACAGCAAAUGGUGCUUGACGACUACAGGAGAAACUUAAGAGGGGUAUACAAUGGAAGGGACUUCCCGGAAUGGUAUUUGUCAAAAAUUUACAACUCCAUCAAAGACCGUGAGAUCAUUAUGCCUGAAGAGCAUCAUGGUACUGAUAAAUGGUUCGAUGACGUAUGGCAUAACUUGAUUUCAAGUCUUGCGCCAACAAGUAAAGACAAAUCCGAGUUUUCUUGGGUGGAGAUAUGUCAGUUUGAUAAAGUGUUGUUUAAGGCAGUUGUUGAUACUUUAAUUGAUACACUUGUUGGUGUGUUCAAAGAAGCUUCUGAUGAUCAUAUUAUCACCAGAUUAAUGUCUUCAAUAGAUAAGUGCGCUAACAUUUGUUUGUAUUACAAUCUAUCUGAUUCCGUUGAUCGUUUGUUGAAUGCUUUGACAGACUUAACAUCUUUGACCAAUAAAAGCUACAGGAUUUCUGGGACUGACGAUAACUUACGAGAGGAAAUACCAAUUACUCAAAUCAAGAUCGAAAAGAAAGAAGAAGCCAUUACUGUCAGUGAAAUGGCCGUUUGGUUUGGUAGAGAUUUUAAGGCUCAAUUGUCGACGGUCGUUCUAUUCAGAUUAAUCAAGAAGACUGACAGCAAGAUUACUCAGUCUUGGGGUAAGAUCAUAAAGAUUAUUUUGACAUUGUUUGAGAAUUGUUUGAUAAAUCCUAACUUGUUCAGCGAAUUUCAAAAGAAAAUCAAGCUUAGUCCAUUACCUAAAGUUAAGCCAAGAUAUAUCAUCAAGAGGGUUAAGCCAUUGAAUAAUUCUGGUAUCUUGUCGACGUUCUCGUCAUUCUUGAAGGGCUAUUCUGAUGAUCCUCCUGAGCCCACAGAUCAUGAAAUUGAGUCCACCUUGUCCACUAUCGACUGUGUGAAAUCCAUUAACGUACCAGCCAUCUUCGAGGUUGUAUCCAAGGGACCACCUGAUGACUUAAAAUAUUUUGUUAAACUCGUUUUGAAUUCGUUGCCAGAGUAUAGUAAGGAUACAAAAAGAUAUUAUGAGACAGAAAUUCUCUUUUUGUUGGAAAUUGCGGUCUGUUUCUGUUUGUUAUUAGAUGAUAUUGAAUUGAUUACUGAAGUCUCGGACAAGCUCAACCCACCAGAAAUAUCCAAGAAGGGCCAACUUAGAUUAAUUGCAUACAAGUUACUUUUGGCCAGACGUGGUAAUUCGAAGAUUAACGUUUCUGCUUCCAUUAAGACUUUAGCUGAGUUUGAUAAGGAAAUCAUUAACAAGCAAGGCGGUCAAUUACUUCAACCAUUGUUAUCCUUGAUUGAUGAUGACGCUUGGUGUUGUAAGGAAUUGUUAAAUGACAAUGAAUACUGGAAAGUAUUAAGGUUCUUUGCUUCUAUCCAAAUUUAUGCAUCUGAUAUUCUCGAAUUCAUGUCUGGAAUUGUCAAGAAUGCUCCUCAGGACAUAACGCCAUCUAAUUAUAUUGCAUUUUUGGGAUUACUUGAUGAGAUUUCCUCCUUAGGAGCUAUUGGCUCUCAGUACGAACAAGAGAAUGAAAAGCUCGGUUCGAAUCAAGACAUAACUUACUUCAAGGACUUGGUGGAACUUUCCAAGAAAUCAAUAUCAUUGACUUCUGAAUUAUCUGCUGUGAUAAAGAGACCAGAAUUCAAGGGCAAGGAAUUGACCUACACAUUGAUUCAAGCAUUGGCACACCAGUGUUUCAAUCCAUGUCGCGAUGUUCGUUCUUUUGCUUUGAACUCCUUGCAAGCAAUGGUUUUAUCUAUUGACAUCAACGAAGAGUUAACUGCAUUUGGAAUAUUCGAGUAUGGAUUGUUUCCAUUGUUAUCGGAAUUGUCCAAGAGUGAAGUUUUGCAAACCGAUAUUCACGGUUUUGUCAAGACGCAGACUGAAACAUUGACCUUGGUCAGCAAGGUUUAUCUUCACUACUGUGUCGACUUGAAGCAGGAAGAAACUGACGGUGUUUGGUUAGGAAUAUUGGAUAACUUUAUUACAUUCCACGACCAAGAAAGCAAGCUCAAGAAAGAGAAUUCGUUCAAAGAAGCAGGAGCCGAAUUACUCAAAAACAUGAUUCUAGUACUACAAGACAAUGGUACUUUGAGCAAGGACAAAGAGAUCCUCUGGAACGAAUCAUGGCUGAAGAUAGAUAAGAUUUAUCCCGGUUUAAGAGACGAAUUGGAUCCGGAGCCGUUGUCUGAGAAGAAUAAAGAGAAUAUAGUCGACACGGCUGCUGAGGGUGGAGAAGAGAAGAAAAUCGAAACAGACGGAGAUAACUAAUCUGCAAUAAAUAUUACACUUAUGUAAUCUAAUGGUUUCUUAAGAAAGUAGUCGUUAUGGAGAAGUAGUAUUUUGUAUUUUAGUUACUUUCAUAAAUAUAGCAAGCUUAUGUUGCAUCUC